AUGACUUUGGUGGCAGUAGAGCAACACCAGGAGCCAUAUGGACAACAAUAUGGAGUACAGUCCAGAAGAGGUCAUCAUCGCGGUGGUGCUGAUGUUCAGUUCAACGCACCUUCACAGGAUUUGAGCACUUCGGUGGAGAGCGAUCACGAUGACUCAAUGGCUAGCAUCUUAAGUGAUAUUGGAGACUUUUUUUUGGUCGAAACAAGCAGGGAUAUUGGCUAUGAAGACGUUCAAGAUGGAGACAAAUCAGCUGAGGAUGGCAAGGUUUACAGUGGUAGACUAGGUGAACCAGGAACCGGUAUGAAGAGAUUGCCAGUGUAUAGUUCUGCAGUGAUCGUCCCGAAUCGUAAUGAUACAUCAUCACAAGCGAAUAGUGCAAAUCCAGUUACAACUCUGAAUGGAGGGGUGAAAUCCAACUCGUUUGAUUCAUCGUCUAACGAAGAAAGCAAUCGUAAUAAGGAUAAAGAGUUGGCAAAGCAGACGAAUAGCGACGAUAAUAACAGUGUGGCAAAAGCCAUGAUUACACCGCGUAUGAAAACCCAAUUUCAUAAGUCGAACGAACCAGACAAGGUGGUGGUAACACCUCGACCGCUAACAACCCAAGAACCGUCAGGAGUGGGAGUCGAAACGGCUCAGCAAAUAAUGCGGCGAAAUGAGCAAUUUCUUUGGAACGAGAAACGAAAUAUCGCGUGA